AUGCUCCUACUAUACUUGCUCAGCUCGCUCCUCACCUUCUUCGUGCCGAUGGCCCUCACCAUCAAGGCCUUGGACAAGUCCACCACCUCUACCACCCCGCCCCAGUCCUACCAAUUUCUCCUCAACUACUGGGCCUACUACGCAGUGGUGGCUCACCUCACCCACACAUACAUGGACCGCUCCGACAGCGUGCUCCUUGCCGCCACCGCCUUUCGUCUUUGGUUGUUUUACGGCCAGGCAAACAACCUUAAGACCACCAACUCCAUGCUCCUCCAGCGGGUGUUUGCCACCAAGGACUUGUUGGCGUUCGAGCACAACUGGGUGGACCCCGUGCUUCGCCACUACGUGGUGAGCGCCUCCUCACGCACAACCAACGUGCUGGUGCUCCAGCACCACCUCUGCCAGCUUGCCAGCCGCCACGAGCUCCCGGCCCAGCCGUGGCAACUCUCGCAUCCCAUGCGGUGGCUCUCGCGCGCGGUCACCGCCGUGCACCGGGGCCCCGACCCCGAAUCGACCAUUUCCUCCACACCCUCCAGGAAGCGCUCGGUGCAGAAGGCUGUGCCCAUUGGCAAGUCGCCCUCCAACCACUCGCUCCGGUCGCUUUCGGGUGCCGCAGGGUCCGUGAGCCCCAGAAGGCGAAGCCAUCGCGCCAGCGACCCUCCCUAUCCGUCCAUGAACUUCGGAGAUAUCCCUCUGGUGGAGCAUGCCAUUGUGGAUGAUAUCAUGGACGAGAUGAUCCAGCAGCCGCUCUCCAUGAGCGUGUACGACGACUACUUCAACAACUCGUACCCCCAGUACCCGACACAGGAGGCACCAGCACCCGCGACCGAGUACGCAACGCCUAUGGCGCUGAACCCCAGCAUCAACCACAGUUCCGGCCCAGCCGCACCAGAACCUAGAUCCUCCUAUAAGAUCAACACCGGGUUCUUUGUCCAGAACAAGCACAAGUUGUUUCCCAAACGGGAAACAAAACCGUUGCCCAUGGCGCCCUAG